CUCAGUGCCUACCUUCACACAUAAGCGACAGGGGCACUCGGGUCCGCCAGAGCGCACAGACCUGCACAUACACAUACACACAUACACACUUGUCACAUUCACGCACACACACCUUUCACACACCUCACACACCCUCCCUCUUCAAGGCACCCUGCGCGACCUCUCACCAUUGGCCAAGUCCCGGAGCCCUCAGCAUCUCCAUCACGGCUGAAGGGACCAUUCGGAAAAGCAGGAGACAGAGGUGGACUAUGAGGAUGUUCGUGCGGCUCGUGUUUGGACUCUUCGUCCUCAGAGCGGCAGUUGCCAGCCCAAGAUUUUCCCGACAAGUGGACUUGGACACGUAUGACACGUAUGAAGUGGAUCUAGACAAUAUCAAUUUGGAGAAUCAGGAUACCUACGACUAUGAAGAUGGGUUGACAAUUGAUGAUCCUCAGAUAGAGAUUGGAACACUGGCCCCACCUGACUACACCUACCCUGAGAAAGAAGUGGAGGAGGAGGAGGAGGAGGAGGAGGAGGAGGAGGAACAGGAGUUGCCCCUAAAACCCCAGCUUGUCCCUCAGGGUUCAGGGGGAUCUGGGGUUCUCAUGGGUCCAGACACACAGAAAGAGGAGGGGCUGCUUCCGACUACACCAAAAACCCCUCAGGAGGGUGCUGGCACUGUAGAAGGGUCAGUGAGCUCUGAAUUGCCAGAGCCUGAAGAGCCAGAUGAGCCUGAUGAGCCUGUGAUUGACACACGAGGAAUGCCCACUUGCUUGUUGUGUACCUGCCUUGGUGGUUCGGUCUACUGUGAUGACUUGAAGCUGGAUAGUGUACCACCUCUACCCAAAGACACCACUCACUUCUAUGCCCGCUACAACAGAAUCACCAAGAUCAACAAGUCCGACUUUGCCUCCAUGAACAAGCUGAAGAGGAUCGACUUAACUGCCAACGAGAUAAAGUCCAUUGAUGAAAAGGCAUUUUUGGGUCUGCCUAACCUGGAGGAACUGGUGAUUCGAGAAAAUCACGUCUCACAGCUGCCUGCUCUCCCAGAGACCAUGACUCUCAUUGAUGCCAGCCACAACAACAUCGGCACAAAGGGAAUUCAUUCAGAGGCAUUCAAAGAUAUGACUGCCCUGCUGUACCUGUACCUCACUGACAACCACAUCGACUACAUCCCAGUUCCUCUACCAGACAGUCUGCGAUCUCUACACCUACAGCGUAACAAUAUUCAGAUGAUGCAUGAGGACACGUUCUGCAACCUGAAAGACUUCAACUACAUCAGGAAUGCGCUGGAGGACAUCCGUCUGGACGGCAACCCCAUCAACCUCAGCAGGACCCCACAGGCUUACGUCUGCCUGCCUCGUAUACCCAUCGGAGAUCUCAUUUAACCACACAGACCCGAAGCUACACUCUUGCACACAAGUACAACCACAUGCACACACAUUUGUACAUAUUGACAAACAUGGGCGACACACACAGACACACACAACUCAUUCACUCCUGAAUCAAAUCCAUCAGCUGCAAU